AUGUACGGGCGCUACUCGGCCAACCUCGCCGAGUACGCCCGUCAGGAAGCCCGCCGCCUGCGCGAGGACGACCACCACAAGGACGAGGUUCUCUUCUCCAAGGAGCUGCAGCCGUACCGGGGGAGGGUCGCCCGGACCUGCAUCUCCUUCAUCAGACCGAUAUGGGACCACACCUUCGCCCGCCUCGGAGAAGACUGGGUGUUCCUGUUCAUCCUGGGCACCGUCAUGGCCACCAUAUCCUUCCUCAUAGAUGACAUUAUCAUGAUCUUCUUCGGAACCCGAAUGCGCCUUCACACGUACCUGGGUGACAUCCACUGGGGGCUGCAGCUGUUCUCAUGGGUGAGCAUCCCGACACUACUGGUCAUCUUCGCCGCCGCCUUCUGCCAGUGGAUGGCCCCGUCUGCCGCUGGCUCGGGCAUCCCUGAGAUGAAGACCAUCCUCAGGGGCGUCGUGCUUAAAGAGUACCUCACCUGGAAGACGCUCUUAGCGAAGAUUGUGGGUUUAGCGGCUGUAUUAGGUGCAGGUUUACCUCUUGGCAAAGAAGGUCCAGUCAUGCACAUGGCUAGUAUUGUGGCCACCAUGCUGACCAAGAUGCUGCGAUACAUCAAGGGAAGCGUAGAGAACGAUGCCAGAUCAACUGACCUGCUUGCCGCUGCUUGCACCAUGGGUGUGGCUGUGUGCUAUGCUGCUCCCAUUGGAGGUGUUUUGUUCAGUAUUGAGGUAACGACAGUUUACUUUGCCGUGAGAAACUACUGGAGAGGGUUCUUUGCCGCUGUGGUUGGGGCAAUGUUCUACCGCCUCAUGUCCGUUUGGUUCAUGGGAUCCCAAACCAUCUACCCGCUGUUUAAAGUGCAUCUUGACUACGACUACCCCUAUGACGUCAUUGAGCUUCUGCCGUUCCUCUGUAUUGGCAUUGUGUGUGGUUUUGCUGGAUCGCUGUUUGUCUACCUCCAUCGGAGAUACGUCAUGUUUAUGCGAUCGAACAAGAUGCUUAAGAACUUCCUUAAGAAAAAGCGCCUCUUAUAUCCAACCUUUGUGACCAUAGCAAUCUCCAUCAUGACCUUUCCACAGUGUUUAGGUCAGUUCAUGGCAGCAACACUACCCGCAAGUCAACAGAUUUUGCAGCUGUUCAGCAACGUGACGUGGUCGCUCACACAACAAAACGAGAUCCUGUCCGGGGAGCAGCAGACCAUCCUGAGGCAUUGGCUACCUGACCUGGAGGGGAACUUCCACCUCAGCCUUUUUGUCUUCCAAAUUGUUACUGUAAUUCAGAUAGCUAUCUCCUCCACCUUGCCUGUGCCUUCUGGUAUGCUGAUUCCGCUGUUUAAGGUUGGAGCAGCUUUUGGCCGCCAAAUUGGUGAAGUCAUGGCGUCUCUCUACCCGUUGGGCAUUGCCCCCGGCAGUCCUAUUGUCCCUGGUGCUUAUGCAAUGGUGGGAGCAGCUUCAUUUUGUGCAGCUAUUACUCACACCAUUUCCAUCUCCGUCAUUGUCUUCGAGUUGACUGGACAAAUUACUUAUGUCAUACCAAUUAUGAUCGGUGUACUUAUAUCAAACUGUAUAUCAUCACUCCUGCAACCAUCUAUAUACGAUAGCAUGAUUCGUAUAAAGAAGCUCCCGUAUCUACCUGAUAUCAUAGCUACAGGAACAGCGGACGUAUACAACAUCUAUGUGGAAGAUAUAAUGGUGCGAGAUGUGAAGUACAUUUGGUACGGAAUCACAUAUGUUGAGCUGAAGAGAGUAUUGAAAGAGAAUCGCAAGCUCAAGUAUCUUCCGUUGGUGGACAAGCCAGAGUCGAUGAUCCUGCUUGGUUCCAUCCAGAGGAUUGAGUUAGUCAGACUGCUCGUAGAACAGAUUUCGUCAGAAAAGCGCAGGAAGGAAGCCACAAGAAGGCACCUUGAAGCUCUAAGGCAAAAGUGGGAGGAAGAGGAUGCGGCAGGAGGACCAAAGCAGAGCCGCAUCCGAUACGAGGAUGAGAUCAACGAGUAUGGUGAUGAUGAGCCAGUGACUACGCCCAGUCUCAUGCACAGAUUCUCAAGAUCUUUGAGUAGAUCCUUUUCACGUUCUAGAUCGGGUUCCAGGUCACGUUCAAGGUCCCGAAGUCGCCAGGGAAGCCCAUCAAGCGACAGCGACGAUUCCUCCACUUCCCCGCCGGGGUCACCUGCAUCCACACGCUCAAAGCACGAUUCUGACUCAGCCACACCUCCUGGCUCUCCAGCUGUUAAUCGCUUGAAGGAUCUUUUCCCGUCAAAGUCUCCGGUGACCCGCAAAUCAUCACGAUUUUCAGUAAGCAAGGUGGAUGGUGCAAUCACUGGAGGGGAAUCAGAAGGCGACGGCAAAGGAGAUGCUGCUGAAGAUACCACAGGAAAGCCAGUCAAGAAGCGUUCCACCUUUGACCUCCUCAAGGGCACAGGCAACAAGUUGCGCAGUGCAUCCUACCGCAAGAAGGAGAAUGGCGAGAAGGACCCAGUGAAGGAGCUGCGCAGAAGAGCCACACUGAAGAGAUCAAACUCUUUGGAUUCAGCAAGUUUCAGAGCAGUCAGCACUGAGGAUACGACAGACACCAAGGUUGCAAAGACAGAAUCUCCAAAGAAGGGUAUCCUGAAAAGACGAAACUCCUUCAGUCUGGGCAGCGCAACAACACCCAUUGCCUCACCACCAGAAACCCCAUACCAGACCAUCACUGCAGGAGAUACAAAGCUUCGCAGUGCCUUUGAGAAGAUGCGCAUGAGAAUGGAGAGUGCAAGUUCAAUGGAAUUCAAACUCUCUCAGAUUUCACUCUUCAAGUCAAAGAAGAAGGAACAAAUAAUGAAAAAGCCAGUUCUGGAUCUGACGGAGGAGGAGAGAUCUGUCUGGGAGUUGAUGGAAUUGUCAAAAGAGGUGGACUUCACAAGGUGCCACAUCGACCCCGCACCAUUCCAGCUGGUUGAAAGAACUUCACUCCUCCGAGUUCACUCCAUGUUCUCCAUGCUGGGUAUCAACCAUGCUUAUGUGACUGCCAUUGGACGUCUAAUAGGAGUGGUGGCUCUUAAGGAGGUCCGCAAUGCUAUUGAUGGCCAGUACGUAGGCCAGACAUCAAACCCAACACCUCAAGUGAGCUCUCCCAAUACGCCCACCUCCCCCAUGCGAUCCGCUCUUGUUUCAGGGACAUCUCCUCAGAGACUUUCUACCUUUAAUCCCAUCAGCUAUUCCGACCCGGAGGCCGGCACACUGUCCCACAGGGGCUCUAGGACUCAGUUGGUCAAUUUUACAAAUGGUGCUUCACACAGCUGAGGAAGUAAGACUUUAGGAGAUUAAGGAAAUUGGUGGACACCUGUGAACUGUGAUCUAAGUCGUGAACCUUCGUCACUUGUCAGCAUCACCACAGACAUUGACACUUGACGCCGCAUUAUAUGUAUAGCAUGAGAUGGCAUGGAAUGACUCUUAAUUACCUACCAUGGAAAUUGACCAAAGUUGAGGACAUUCCAGUAUUUAUUUUCAAGCAGUGCUCUUGACCAUUUUGUGUUUUAGAACACGUUAUGACCCUUCUAGAGAGGAGUAAAUAGAUUUUUCUGUUCUGACUUCUUUGAAAAUGGAAAAUAUUUUCAUUAAAUCGUUUCUGUGUCUCCAAGAUAUAUAUGAAAAUGGAUAUCAUUGGUGACUUUCCGGCAUUUGAUAUUGUUUUUAAAUUUAGUGCGUUUGUAGUGAACUAUUUAUGACCCAAAGGAAAAAUAUCCUUUUGUGCUCAUAAUGUCUAUUUGAUCCAAGUAGUUUUAAAAAUUAACAUGUUAUCCUACAUAUGAAAGGAUGAUUAGUCCUUCUAUUUAUGUAGGGGUAAAUAAUGUCCAUUUUUUUAUUUUGGUAUUCAAAUAAUAAGUACCAUAGUUUGCAGAUUUUUCUUAAACAGGAAACCGUAACAAGAGACUAAAAAGUUGGAAUGGUCACAAAUAAAGAGAAAAUAUACAUGUAAUGUAUGUUAUAAACUAAGAAGCAUCUUGAUUUCAUAACCAGUCCGAACCCCUUUUUCAGUACAUGCUUUAAAUGUCAAUCCCUUGGACAAACUGAACUGCAUUUUCAGGGUCACUGUGGAGGAGGGCUUACUGUGAUAAAAGUUACCAGAGCAAUAGAUAUGUACCAUUCCUUACAAAGGAUGAAAUUAUGAUUUUACUAUUAUUAUAACAAUGAUUACUUAUUAUUAUUAAUUAAUAUAAUUAUCAUGAUUAUUAUUGUUUCUCACUGCUCGUAACUAUGCAAUUAUUUGUAAUGAGUUCCUCUUAACUUUUCUUGUGUGAUAAUGGGAUUCUAGCAAGAUACCCUCGUUCUUUUUAUUUUAUUACUAAUGAUUAUAUCAUAAAAUGUUCCUUUGUGAAGUUUCGUGGUAUGAUUUGGGAAGUGCGUUAUCUCAUUACUGAAACAUCGGCACAAAUGCGUCUUUCACAUCUUAGUCAUUAAGCAACCUUUUUUUGGUAAUAUUUUCGUUUGUAUGUCCAUUAAUGAACUUUGUUUGUGUUACACAGUUCAUUACAAGAUAAUUUCAUUACAAUGUACUCAUGAUGUAUUAAGUAUUUUAGUAUAUACGGAUUAAAUUUGUAACUUCUAUAUGUGAAUCUCAUAUUUGUUAUUACAUGUGUAUUAUAUAGAAUUGUUUCAUUUUCUAAAGCAGUCACCAUCCUUCCCUAUUUUUCCAAUCAUAAAAGAGAGAAAGGUGGAAAGAAGUAGCCUUUUUUUAAAUAUAUCUGCUUGUGUCAGCACAAUAUAAUCCAAUGAUCAAACGUCCAAUAUGCAAUUUCAUGUGUGGAGAGAUUCUUAAAGACUUUCCAAGCUUUUUUUCCUAAUAUUACUCUGCUUUUGUAAGGUAAUGUGUUUUUAUAAUGUCAUAAAAAUGUUUUCUCACCCUGUAAAUGUACACCCUUAUAAGGAACCUUUCUCUUAUUUUUUUCCUUGUUUAACCCAUAGAACACACUUAUCAUAUUCUAAUUCUUGGGUAGGAGAGCUCCAAAUAAUUUGUAGUAAAUUCAUGCAAAAAAAAAUUAAACUGCUUUACAGGCUGCUUUGCAAGGUAGGUUAAACACAAUGUAGUGUAUGCAAACACAAAAGCUUCUCAUGAAUACUGAAUCACAACACCCAACAUUAUUUCAGUUUGUAAUACAUCUUUUUUGUGUGUUAGAACUAUAACAUUUUGGAAUCAAUUUGCAAUGCCCUAUUGGUGCACAUAAUGCUAAUGCUUUAUUCCCAGUUCUUCAGAUCUUAAUAACACUACUUUUGGUUAUUUUUGAGUUCUUCAUCAAGGCAUGUAUAUAAUACACAUUUAAUUUUUGCUUUUUGACUUCAUUUCUUUACUCUUAGUACUUUCUAACUCAUGUAUUAGUAUUUUCUAUUUCAUGCAUCUCUUUGUAUUUACACAUUUAAGUGUUUAUGUUAUUACUUAGAUAAAAAUCAUGUACUCAUAAAAUGUACAAGGACACACCAUUCUCUCAUUUUUCAUGAACACAAGCAUGUGUGUAUGUAUGAACGUUUUCUCUUAACCUUAGCCUGUAAUUGGGAAAUGUUUUAUUUAUUAUACCUAUCAGACUUGCCUUCAUAAUUGUAUGUGAAUGAUUGUUAAAGAUUAACAGCAUAUUCUAUUUUGUUUAAGUUUCCCAUCUCAGACAUGAAAGAACCUGUUUUAUACCCAGUGAAUUGAACCAUUGAAAAAUUGUUGAGCCUUUGAUAUUGUAGUGAAUAUUAUCAUUAAAAUAUGUAUAUUGAAAGGUCGAAAGUGCCUCCUUAUAUAAUGUGAUAAAUUUCCCAGCGAGGAAUUACUGUAAAUUUGGAAAAUAGGGUUGAUAAAUGUGAUAAUUAAAAAAUGUAAACACUUGUUGCCACAUCAGAGGAGAAUGUGUGUGAUAGAACAAAUGUCGGUAUUUUUUUAGGAGACAACCUUUCAUCUUUCUUAGUCAUCUCACAAUCCAUGCUCAAGACUCUUCUUCCCUUGAUUUUAAGAUCAUAGAUAUCUUUUAAAUUAUUUGGUUCUUUAAUUUAGACUGCGUGUAUUUUUAAAACUUUAAACUUUUUUAUCAGAGAGAAUGAUGCUUGGUUUUCUUUGCUUUGGAAACCAUAAAAAUGUAUACCAUAAGACCAGGAUUUUUUUUUACCACUCUUGACUGCCUGCAAAUAUUAAAACCAUUUAUAUGAAAAAAAUCUUUGAGCAUUAUUACAGCAACUGAAGAUAGCUGUUUUAAUGAAUUUAACUUUUUGCAGGUUAAUGAAAAUCUGGAGUGUGUGCUAGACCUCAUGUGUCAUAAGUCCCCACAAAUAAAAUCAUCUAGCAACUCUUUUUUUUUUUUUCUCUCUCUCUCACCUCUCUCUCCUUCCCCCUACAUCUCCUUCUCCCUUUCCUUCUUCCUUCCCCCUACCUCUCUCAAGCCACUUUUCCUCCAAAGCACAUACUUCGCAUAUUUCUUUGAGUUGUGUUCGAGGCCUUUACAGGAGGAUAUUGUCUGUGUUCUAUUAUGUGUACUAUCUUCAAAUGUAUUGUUCUGGAGUUAGUAUGUACUUUUUUAGCUGAUAUUUGGAAUACUCUUGAUUUCUCAUACAUGAUUAUGGCAGUUGCUAAGAGGUGUCAUCUGCAUGGUCGUUUUAUUCAAUAUAUUAAUUCAAGCUUAAUGUGUCUGAUGUUAUUUGAAAUGUUUUUGCAAAGCUCUAACCUCUACAUCACAAAACCCCUAAAUGUUGUGAAACAAAAAAUAUUCUUGUAAAUUAAAGUGUCUCUUAGUGUGAGGGCAAGCUGCAUAAUCAUUACUGAAGUAAUACAUCUGCAAAAUUCUUUGGUAAAAGCAAUAUCCCUAAAUACAUAUGCUUUAUAGCAUUAUUCUCUGCAAGUUAAAAGUAUAUAAAAAAAACUUAAUGGCAAACAAUGUUAGCUUGAGACAUGGAAGAGGUGCAGAACAGUGCUUUACUCUUAACAUUGCAGUCUACACUAUAAUGUCUUGACCAAGAAUUUGCAGUAAUAAUACACUCUUCUCAGAUUCCUUGAAAUGAGAUUAAAAUUAAAAGUGGUUUUAUGUAUAUAACUUUGAGCAUAAACAAUGAUCUGUGUCUCAUGUCACAUUCCCAUUUCUGCUCUCUCUCUCUCCAUAGCAGCCAGUUUGACUGUAGAUCAGUGCCGAUUCUGAAAACAAAGCUAGCUGCAUUUAUUUUUGCAUUUUAAACUCAUGGAUGAGGUUUGUAAAGAAUAUAUUGAAGUUCAUCCUGCCUCACAGAGCACUUAUACAGCAUAUAAAAGACACCAUAGAUAUGAGGUGCAUACAUAUAUAUAUGUGUAUAUAAAUAUAUAUUAUGAGUGAUAUUUACCCUUUGUGACAUCAGUCAUGUUUCUUACAAUCACGUCAGCUUCUUUACCACAACCCCAUUUUGAUGGUUGUAUUUGCAAGCCUGUAUUUUUUACUGAAUUAUCCAGCCCAGCUCAGCCUAUUAGUUAAAAGGAUUAUUCAGCUGAUAAAGAUGGGUUAGAAUAUUGUAGAUAGCAUGAAUGCUCUUCCUCAUGCUGUAUAUGCUCACCUUUUGAUGGUUAAAACCAUGAUUGUUGGUGCUCGUCCCUGUAUUUUCUUCUUCCCUACAACCUUUACAAUAUACAAAUGUGCCGCCAGAAGGUUGAGCAUAGGGUCAUUUGUUUGAACUCGAGUGUUAUUUUAUUACUCAUUACAUUCUAUGGCUUGCUAGAUAAAAACUUUUGGGAUUGCCCUGUUUUAUCUGUUUGUGGAAUGAGUUUUUAGUAACAUUACUUUUUUAUUAAAAGAUCAUGCACUAUGGUAUAUUAUGUCCAUUUUCAUGUCGAUAGAAUGUUAUAAAAGACAAGCAUCAUGCAAUAACCCUCCUGUUUUGUUUAAAUGUGCUAAUUAUCUCAACAAUUGGGCAGAUUCUACAUGCUCAGUAUUAUGUACUCAAGAUGAAAGUAACCAAGUUAUCAAGUUGUAUAAUUAUACAUUUUGUUCAAUAUGAUAUUUUUCCUCUCCUUAAUAAUGUUAACCAAAUACUGGUGUGAAGUAAAGCACCAUUUUGAUGAAUGAAAAGAUUAUAGACUACAUUAGUUUCUUUACAGUUAGUUCAUUUGUAGCAAAACCUUUGUAUUCUUCUAUUAAAAUUUAUAUUACAUUCAUGAAGUGCAAGUUUAUGAGUAAACUGAAGUAAGCAUA